AUGUUUCGGCUGCUGAGCUCCCUCCUAUUGGUGGCCCUUGCCUCUGGCUGUGGUCGGCCUUCUUUCAACCCGUCCACCCGUGUGGUCAAUGGUGAGGACGCGGUCCCCUACAGCUGGCCGUGGCAGGUCUCCCUGCAGGUUGAGAAGGAUGGAACCUUUCACCAUACCUGUGGUGGCAGCCUCAUUGACCCCGAGUGGGUCAUGACUGCGGGCCAUUGCAUCUCGAGCUCCAAGACCUACCAGGUGGUGUUGGGAGAGUAUGACCGGUCUGAGGAAGAAGGCUCCGAACAGGUGAUCCCCAUCAACUCUGAAGACCUCUUUGUGCACCCACUCUGGAACCCCAAAUGCGUGGCCUGUGGCAAUGACAUCGCCCUUAUCAAGCUGUCUCGCCCUGCCCAGUUGGGAGACUCAGUCAAGCUUGCCUGCCUCCCUCCAGCAGAUGACAUCCUGCCCGAUGAGGCAUCCUGCUACAUCAGUGGCUGGGGCCGUCUCUCUACUGGUGGGCCACUCCCUGACAAGCUGCAGCAAGCCCUGCUGCCAGUGGUGGCCUAUGAGCGCUGCUCCAAGUGGGACUGGUGGGGCGGCUCCCUGAAGAGGACCAUGGUGUGUGCUGGCGGGGACAUCCGCUCCGGGUGCAACGGUGACUCUGGAGGACCCCUCAACUGCCCUGCUGCAGAUGGCUCUUGGCAGGUCCAUGGCGUGGCCAGCUUCGUUUCUGCCUUUGGCUGCAAUGCCCGCAAGAAGCCCACCGUGUUCACACGUGUCUCAGCCUUUAAUGACUGGAUCCAGGAGACCAUGGCAAGCAACUAGAGCCAAGGCCUGUGUGGCAAUACUCAUCCACGUGCUUUGCAAAAACAAUAAAGGUCCCUCAAAA